CCUCCGCCUUGCGUGCUUCAUUCACUGCUGUGGCCUGGAGGAGGAAGAAGCUUUUGGUGGGGGAGAGCGUGCGGUUGUAGCCUAGCAUCACUUAAGCCCAGCCUUACAACAAAGAGCUGGAGGCGGCGGCGGCGGCAGCGGCAGCCCUUCCCUGGUAAACUAUUCAAAAUGUUUUCUCGAUUAAGAACAGCCGCCUCUCCGUGCAUAUUGGCAUGCCGUGGUGUACAUACAAAAGAAAAAGGGAAGCUCUUGAUGCUGAACCCUCGAACGAACAAGGGCAUGGCAUUUACGUUAAAAGAACGACAAAUGCUCGGCCUCCAGGGUCUUCUACCUCCAAAGAUAGAGACGCAAGACAUCCAAGCCUUACGUUUUCAUAGGAACGUGGCAAAAAUGACCGACCCUUUGGAAAAAUACAUCUAUGUAAUGGGGAUGCAGGAGAGAAACGAGAAGUUAUUCUACAGAGUUUUGCGAGAUGACAUUGAGCGGUUAAUGCCAAUUGUCUAUACACCGACGGUGGGACUAGCGUGUUCCCAGUAUGGACAUAUCUUUAGGAGGCCAAAGGGAUUGUUCAUUGCCAUUACAGAUAGGGGUCAUAUUAGAUCAAUUGUGAACAACUGGCCAGAAAAUGAUGUAAAGGCUGUCGUCGUCACAGAUGGAGAACGAAUCUUGGGUCUGGGCGAUCUGGGUGUGUAUGGAAUGGGAAUUCCGGUUGGGAAACUUUGUUUGUACACUGCCUGUGCCGGAAUACAUCCUGAUAAGUGCCUGCCUGUGUGUAUUGAUGUCGGCACCGACAACCAGACACUCCUGCAAGACCCAUUUUACAUGGGACUGUACCAGAAACGAGACCGUUCGCAGCUGUAUGACGACCUCAUUGAUGAGUUCAUGGAAGCCAUUGUAGGCAGGUAUGGCCAAAACACGCUCAUUCAGUUUGAAGACUUUGGCAACCAUAACGCGUUCCGCUUUUUGAGGAAGUACAGAGAAAAAUACUGCACUUUCAAUGACGAUAUACAAGGGACAGCUGCUGUGGCCCUGGCAGGGCUGUUGGCGGCCCAGAAGGUUACGGGUAAACCUCUCACGGAGCACAAGAUCUUGUUCCUCGGUGCGGGAGAGGCUGCUCUCGGAAUUGCAAAUCUCAUUGUCAUGGCGAUGGUGGAAAGUGGACUUCCGACAGAGGAAGCAUAUAAGAAAAUAUGGAUGUUUGACAAAUUUGGAUUAUUGGCCCAGGGUCGGGAGCAAGCGGUGGAUAUUAAUCAAGAGCCCUUUACUCACCCAGCCCCUGGCCAGGUACCCAAGACCUUCCUGGAUGCGGUGAAUGUGCUUCAGCCUUCUGCUAUCAUUGGAGUUGCAGGGGCUGGUCGCCUCUUUUCACACGACGUGAUCAAAGCAAUGGGCUCGAUCAAUCAGAGGCCGAUAAUAUUCGCACUGAGUAACCCAACUGCAAAAGCAGAAUGCACCGCUGAGGAUGCGUACACGUUGACAGAGGGGCGUUGUCUCUUUGCCAGUGGAAGUCCUUUUGAGCCAGUGAAGUUGAGCGAUGGCCGAUCUUUCAAACCAGGCCAGGGGAACAACGCUUACAUAUUUCCAGGUGUUGCUCUUGCUGUUGUUUUGAGUGGCGUUCGGCACAUUAGCGAUAAAGUCUUCUUGGAGGCGGCAAAGACUUUGAUGGAACAACUGAGUGAGGAAGAGCUUGCAGAAGGAAGACUUUAUCCUGCGCUCUCCAACAUCAGAGAGGUUUCUGUUAACAUUGCAGUGAAAGUUAUGGAAUUUCUGUAUGCCAACCAUAUGGCAUUCCAUUACCCUGAGCCUGCAGACAAGAACCAGUACAUACAAUCAAAGAUCUGGAGCUACGAGUAUGAAUCUUUUCUACCAGAUAUGUACGACUGGCCGGCAUCUGCAUCGUACUCACCCGAAAACCGCUGACUUGCCCCCGUGGCUCAAUUGCUCAGGUGGCAUCUGAAAUUCUGCAGGGAUCCCCUUUCCAGAACACUGUUCAAAUCAGGGUGUUUUGAGACUGAUAACAUCCGCUUUUGCUUUGCAAAACCAAGUUUUAAAUCUGACUGUAUAACCAUAGCUUGGACUGAUAGCUUGGAUUGAUUGUUCGUGCUGCGGAUUCCCCUUCUGAUGUGUUCCCCUGACGUAAGUGAUUGUCUGGAAACAGUACGAAAACCUUCCCUUGAUGUUUUAUUAUCUUAAAUUCCUCACAAAGGUAACUGAGUACGUACCAGAAAAUCCUUCACUCUCCCUUACGAUUCCAUUUAUUACAGAUCCCGUUUAUAUAUAUAUACAGCAAAAUUGAAAAGUCUGCCUUUUCUAGACAGUUUCAUUGGAGAUGGGCAUGGAGAGGUGUUGAAUAUUUGAAUGCCUCUUCUGUGUCAGAUUCAUUACCAAAAAAGUCUGACCUGGCCUCCUGGUAUGUUUUUAUUAUUUUUUUUCUAAUUAAAGGGAAUUUCUUUUUUAAUGAAGGAAGUAUUCCGAUAUGCAGCCUUCCACUGGCAGCCUGAGGUGGGCCAGUCCAGAAAAUAUUUUAUCCUUGAUCCUGCUGAAUAUAUAAAGCGAAUGAGUAAGCAGACAGUCAAGGCACCCCGUCCCCUUUUAUACUCUGGUCGUCUUUCUGUGACUUUGCGGCCCUCUGAUAUGCUGAGUUUUGUGUGCUGGACUGGGCCAUGCCAGCUUUCUCAGAUCCGAGGUGUCCUGCUUCCUUUGCGGGACAAAAACCUGAGUUGCUUCUUCUGAGCUUUUGCAUGGUUUAAAUCUCCAGAAUCUGUGUGGCUUAGUGUGUGAAUACAGACUCUGAAUUCUGUAGUGUUUGGUGGAGUUUUGAUUUUGCAGGUCUCCGUCCUCAUGACCAGCUCACACAUUACAGCAGCAAAUGGUUUGUUAAUGAAUCAUGUGUCGCUAGGCUAACUCCGGGCUGUUUAACGCAAAGUUAAAUUAGAAUGUCCAGGUUUGCACAUUGUGCAGAGCGACUUCCGAUGGAAGACUGUUCAAAAUGAUGAUGGCACUGAUUGUCGGUUAAUUUGCCACCCUUACAGGCGACCGGGCCCUUCUCCCAGCAACCAGUGUAUGUGUAGGAUAUGGACUCCAUGCAGUCUGCUUUUCCAAGUUAUUUUUGCCCUGCAUGCUCAUUGUUGUACUCCUUGGCCUCAAGUCGUGUGCUCUCUGUUCCUUCCCAGAACUUUGUCAUAUUCACUUCCGCACUGAGAAACAUCUUCUUGCAUCCCCAUUUCAACAUCCUAAAUAUAGUGAUGUGAUUAGGGCAAGGACCGCUCAAGUGGAGUUUUCCACUGGGAAGCACUCUUUCUCCCUUGCUCUUCCUAGCUUUGGAUUUGGGGGCAUGCAUUAUUUUGGCAAUCUUUAUUUUACCAUUAUUUAUUUACCUGGUAGGCCUUUGGGAAUAACACAAAUAUUUCUGGGACUCUGUAAGCACUUAUCUCUUAAUGUCUUGGGGAAGCCAAUGUUAAAUGUGCACUGUCCAAGAAGGAAAGAAAAAGACUUGCUUGGUUCCCCACUCCAUGCAAUUAAAUUCUGAAUGUUACAUUGUCUA